UGCAUCCGAUCAUCUCCGUCUCGCCGCUCUCACGGCACACACUGCAGUCCAGUUUUUCCGUAAAGCGUGGGCACCAUACAGCAGUGACGACGAAGCACAACGCUCCAACGGCCGAAAAACGCGCAGCUCAAGCCCCUCCACAGCUUGUACUUUUGCCACGAUAGGAGCAACAACACAUGAUGCUUAGGCUGACCAGGUCAGCCCUCCUGGGGCUCGUGUGCGCAACCACCAGCCUCGCCGCCGCAACCCCCUUCGGCGUCGUAACAGCGCCCAGGUCCGACAGUAGCCCGGCCUUCGUGUCGGCAUGGUCGGGCGUCAGGUCGGGUGGCGGCUGCCACUCGGAGGAGUGGAGAAGCAACUGCACGCCUGUGCGCGCCGCGGGCGCCAACCGGCCGUUCUCGUCCGCUCGCAGGCCAGCACGUAGCAGCAGCAGAAGCAGGGCGAGGUCAAGCAGACCUUCGCGGGGAGGAGCGCUGCGGAUGGGCAGGGACUUCUACGAGGUGCUCGGCGUGGAUAGGGGCGCCGACAAGUCGCAGCUUAAGUCGGCCUUCCGGAAGCUCGCCCGCGAGUACCACCCUGACGUCAACGACUCCCCCGGCGCGAGCGAGAAAUUCAACGAGAUCAGCACCGCCUACAGCGUCUUGAACGACGACGAACAGCGGCAGCGUUACGACCAGUUUGGGGAGGCGGGGAUCGGAAGAGGAGGCGGAGGAGGGGGUGCGGGAUUCGACCAAGUCGACCUUUCGGACAUUUUCGACAGCUUUUUUGGUGGAGGUGGUAUGGGUGGCGGGGGCCGACAGCAGCAGAGGCGGCAGGGGCCUGUACGAGGUGACGAUCUUCGAGUGGACCUUGACUUGGACUUCAAGUCAGCUUGCUUCGGAGUGGAAGAGAAGGUCCGCAUUCGCCACCUCGAGACCUGCAACACGUGCUCGGGCAGCGGCGUGAAGCCGGGGGCCAAGGUCAGCACGUGCGGGCAGUGCUCGGGGUCCGGGGUGGUGAUUCAGGCCACCCGUACCCCCCUCGGCGCCUUCCAGACCCAGACGACUUGCCCAACUUGCCGCGGGACCGGAGAGGUUGUCGAGGAGUACUGCGGGUCUUGCUCUGGCCAGGGCGUCGUGGAGAAGACCAAGCAGGUCAAGGUCAAGGUGCCAGCCGGAGUGGACGACGGCAACAAGCUCCGGGUCAAGGGCGAGGGAGACGCGGGAGCCAAGGGGGGGCCUGUGGGAGACCUGUACGUGUUCCUCAACGUAAAGAGCGACCCCAAGUUCAAGCGGACAGGGAAGGACAUCUACAGCGAGCAGAAGAUUUCGUACCUGGACGCCAUCCUCGGAAACGACAACGUGAACGUGGAGGUCGUGGACGGGAAGGUCGAGAUCAAGGUGCCAGCGGGCUGCCAGCCGGACACGGUGCUGCGCAUCCGAGGCAAGGGGUCCCCGCAGCUCAACAACGCGUCGGUCCGUGGUGACCACUACGUCACCAUGAAGGUCACCAUCCCGAGAGACGUGAGCGGGGAAGAGAGGAAAUUGUUGGAGGAGCUCCAAACGAAGGCGGGCGGGAAAGUCAAGGACAGCAAGAAGAAGAGCAAGGGAAACAAGGGUUUCGGCGGCAUCUUCAGCUAAAUCAUUUUUGCCAUCAUGAAGGAUUAACUCUCCGGCGGGGGGGUCUGGUCGCUUCAUUUUCUGCUGGCGGCCCACGCACAGCAGCAGCAGGCGGAACUUGAAGGACCUAGUCUCAGCAACGACGCCAUGUUGAGAUUUGUUGUCGUUUUGACUUUGCGGUGUAGCCGGCCUGAGUUUCGGAACAUUUUUCGGAGAUGUUAUUGUGUGUGUGUCCCCGCCCGAAAGGGAAAUCCCAAGGAUGAAGAGUUCUGUGUGUAGAGGGGGUUAAGCGUGUAGGCUUUGUACCGGUCGUUUCGCGGCGGGGUCGAUAUGCCAAUGGAGUAGUUUCACUUUUUUAGAAAACACAUGGUACCACCAAGAAGGGAACGGCAUGAGGAACCCAGUUCGGAGGGGUGCGUUUUAAGUCUUGACGGCGAACGGUGGAGUGGAUGUGCUGGGCUUGUUUGUGUUGUUUUGUUUCGAGUGCGGGCGUCUGCAGGGAUGCCAUUGCCGCAUGCCUUUCUCUUCCAGAGUGCUUAGUUUUGCGCCGGUAGCUGUAACAAAUGUCGUUGUCCUAUUUGUGAGAGAGGCAGGGAUGGUAAACAGUAUCGAAACGUUUCGUGCAAGCUGCGGUGGCAUGCGUGCAUCUUUACACCCAGCUAAUACUUGCCAUUUUUUUUUUAUCACGCAGCUCUUGUCGUUCGUGGGUUCCUCGUUGUGACAAACUCGAUACCACAGAGUAACAAGUAAAUGUUCAACAUGCAUCACGUACCUGUCGGUUUUUGUUGGCCCUCCUGUUUCAGGACUGAUAACAAGAACGUGCAUAGAUCCGUGUUCUACGAAGGUCGACGAGAAACUUUGGAGGGAAUUAUACUGUUGUAUUGUGGGUUUCGC